UUCAGUUGUUGUUGCUGAAAUCUUACUGCAACCUUCAUUGCAGGUGCUGCAGAAAGCUUCCUGGAGAAAUGGAUUGGAUACAUCCGAUUACAAUAUUUUUCCUAAUUACCCUUAUAAUUUUACUGGUUUUAAAAAUGGGCUAUUUCUGGAAUAACAGUUCCCAAAAUCUUCCACCGGGUCCAAAGCCUUUACCAAUCAUUGGAAAUCUUCACAUAAUAGAUCAGGAGAGGCCUCACAGAACAAUGCUGAAGUUGUCAAAAAUUUAUGGUCCCAUCUUCAGGAUCCAGAUGGGAUUCCAGAAAAUGGUAGUGUUGACUGGGUAUGAAAUGGUGAAAGAGGCUCUGGUGAACCAGGCUGACGCAUUUGCUGAGAGGCCCGUCAUCCCAUUGUUUGAAGAAUUUGCAAAGGGCUUUGGUAUUAUUUUUGCUCAUGGUGAGAACUGGAAAGUGAUGCGGAGGUUCACCUUAUCCACACUUCGGGAUUACGGAAUGGGCAAGAGAACCAUAGAGGACAAAAUUAUUGAAGAGUGCAGAGUCCUGACAAAGAAACUGGAAUCUUAUGAAGGGAAACCAUUUGAGACAACUACAAUCAUGAAUGCAGCUGUUGCCAACAUUAUAGUAUCCAUACUACUUGGCAGGAGAUAUGAAUAUGAAGAUCCUACAUUUCAAAGAUUACUAAAGCUAGUUAAUGAAAAUGUCCGGCUUUUUGGAAGCCCUUCAGUCCUGUUCUACAAUAUGUUUCCUGCUAUUGGUUUCCUUUCUGGCGGUCGGAAAACUUGCCUUGAUAACAGAAAUGAGCUUUUUGCAUUCAUAAAUACUACAUUCAUAAAACACCUCAAAGAACUGGAUGAAAAUGACCAGCGGAGCUUAAUUGAUACCUUUCUUAUCCGGCAGCAAGAGGAGAAAAGCAACAAUGUUAAUGGAUAUUUCCAUAACGAAAAUCUAAGAAGUCUUGUGGGCAAUUUAUUUGCUGCUGGCAUGGAGACCACUUCCACCACCCUGCGCUGGGCCCUUUUGCUCAUGAUGAAGCACCCAGAAGUUCAGCGUAAGGUCCAAGAAGAAAUUGCGGUCACUGUUGGGUCUGCUCAGCCACGGGCCGAACACCGAAAAAAGAUGCCAUACACAGAUGCAGUAAUUCAUGAAGUUCAAAGAUUUACUAAUAUUAUCCCAACCAAUGUGCCACGUGCAACUACUCAGGAUAUUACUCUUAAAGGUUACUUCAUUCCAAAGGGAACCCAGAUCAUUCCAUUACUGUCCUCUGUGCUCCACGAUGAUUCUCAAUGGGAGAAACCACUUAAGUUCUAUCCUGAGCAUUUUAUCGAUCCUGAAGGGAACUUUGUUAAGAGAGACGCCUUCAUGCCUUUCUCUGCAGGUCGGAGGCAGUGUGCAGGCGAGACUCUUGCCAAAAUGGAGCUUUUCCUGUUCUUUACAACUCUUCUGCAGAGAUUCACCUUCCAGCCAGCCCCUGGCACCUCUAGGGAAGACCUGGACCUUACCCCUUCAAUUGGGUUUACGACGCCCCCAAUGCCCUUUGAUGUCUGUGCUCUGCCUCGUUGAGAAGGCUCAAGCCUGCUAUGCGUCCAACUCUAUACUUCUGCUAUCUUAUUCACCAAGGAAAUUCACUGUACAAAUUAUUCUGUGCAACUAGCCCACGCUUGCUUACACACCUAAACUGUUCAACAUACCAUUGUGCUUUUUCGAAGGUCACAUUUUCUCAAGGGAAAAUGCAAUUAACAAAUGAGGUGUGCAGGGAUGAGUGGGUUGUUUUGUGAUGUCCGCUGAGGAUAAUAGUACAAUGCCAAUAAAGCUUAGCUUUUCUUUCCUUUUUUUAUUCUAUUCUAAUAGAGCAUACGCACCCUCUUGGCAUCUGCCUGAGCAGCAGCAAUGCCUUAACGCAGGUAUUUCCUGGGAAAGUUUAGUCAGACAGACUAUUGUGAAAUAGUUAAACAGAUCCAAUUCCUUGUAUGUACAUUUGUAAUUCAUUAGGGUUGUGCAAAACUUCGAAACUGGGGAUUCAGAUGAUUCGGAAAUAGGAAUUACUAAUCAGAAAGGACCCCUCUGAAGCAUAUAUGAAUCAAAACACAAGCCUCCAAAACUUUCAGAGAGAUUAGUAAAAGAUUUGUUGUUUUGGAGCUUUUUUUUUCAAUUGAUAUACUCCAUCGCCCCAUUGCCCGUGAUUAUCUAGGGUUGGAGGGGGGCUAGGGCUCAGGUGGGACGGGGCUAACGUGAUUGAAAAGGGCAGCUGUAUGCUGUUUUUUCCUUGUCAGCCAAUCAGAAGAAGAAAGUCAAAUCACAUGGCUUUCUGGAAAUUUAGUCUUAUAUAUACUCCCCUCAGCUUCUCAUCUGUGUGGUGUGGCAUUUGCAGAAAAGAUAGAUAAGACGUGUUCAUUGGAGCUCUGUUCUGUUUCUGUGCAUUUCUUAAAACUAUAAACUUCCUCUAUUAAAGUUAUUCAAACUUAGAUUUUCCAAAUUCCCAUAGAUUGCUAGCUAGUAGGUAUACUUCCUCCUCAGCCUCUACCUUCCCCUCUUAUGAGUUUACUAUGUGUUGUUGUGUGUGUGCCUCCUCUCCCCCCCCCAAAAAAAAUUAUAAAUAACCAAAAAAGUCAUUUGUUCUGU